ACAUGUUAUGUACAGUACAUGUAAAUGGCUUACGUUAUCCAAUCCCUAACUCCGGCAUCAACAUCGCCAACCUCAGCUCCAAUAUACAUACAGAUUAUCUACAGACGUUACCCUGAUAUAAUAAUGAUAUAAUUAAUAAUAACACCUUGCGGGAUAACAAGUUAGCAAAGGCAGCAGCUGCCUCUGACGACGUAGCUGCAUCUCUGCUCGGCCUAACUCUUAGCCCACCGGCCCGAAUCGCUUCUUCUAACUAAUCCUGCUGCCUUCGCCGCGGGUGGCUUGUCCAUAUCAUAUCUCCCUUUUCCGCGCAAACUCCGUCUUAACCCCUACGCGCCUCAAAACACACUCCAAGUACCGGGGUUGAAACCUCUAGUUAUAAUUCCCCAGAACGCCCGUUUCCCCUCUGGUUUUCAUGCCUAUGUCGUUCUGGAGUGACAGCUUCUCUCUGUCACUCAACCUCAUUCCAAAGUGUAUUCCCCAACCCGCCUCUCCGCCCACCCCCUCCUGCACCUGGCAAGACCUAGGCCUGCGAUUGACCCGACCUGUCCCUUCUCGUUGGCCCAGUCGCAUUCCCAUGUCCAUGCCACUUCGCUACUCCCGCAGCAGUUAAAUGUCCCUCCAUUCCCGUUCCAGGCGCAUUUCGAGUCUUCCCUCUCCCACUCGCCGUCCGACCCCCAGGCCUCAUCGCUAGGCGCUUCUCCGUCUUCAUCUCCUAUACACUUCCAUCCGGCUAUGGCUACUGCUGCUUCUACGGCUUCGGGGUCUUCUGAGGACUUGAGUGGCAACUAUCAGAUGCCAGAGGCCCCGCGGGGUAAAUUGGCUAACAGAAUUACCGGCCCCCUUUUCCCUCUGGGCUAUAAGGAGGGGUUCAACCAGUGGUGGGCAAGUAUCCCUGCUGCUGCCGCUGAACACAAAGUCCUCUCUUUCAUCCCUUAUCUACAACACCCGCCUACCCACAAACAAACCGGAAAAGAUGCUGUGACCCCGAAUGAAUCUACAGACAGCCUUACCGCAGCAGACCCUAGCCAGGCUUUCCAGGUCUCCGCCAAAUCCAUCGAUGACCCCCAUGGGCCGCGCAUAUGGCGGUCCACCAUGGUCGAACUGAGCGGGAAUAACCGUGCCCUGAAUGAAUUCUCAAUCGAGCGCGUCGGCGAAAAAACAGAGCAGAACCUAGUAAUCCUUCACGGUUACGGUGCCGGUCUAGGUUUCUUCUACAAAAAUUUUGAAGCCCUCAGCCGUGCCAAGGGCUGGCAGUUAUAUGCCCUCGACAUGCUGGGAAUGGGUCGAAGUACACGGCCACCUUUUAAAAUCCACUCUAAACAACGCCACAAGGCCAUCAGCGAGGCUGAAGACUGGUUCAUUGAUGCGUUAGAAGAGUGGCGCAUUAAGCGCAAACUCGACAAGUUCACCCUCCUCGGACAUAGUUUAGGCGGCUAUAUGGCCGUGUCAUAUGCGCUCAAAUACCCCGGGCGUCUCAACAAGCUCAUUCUCGCCUCCCCCGUCGGGAUUCCCGAAGAUCCCUUCGCCGUAAGUGCUGACAUGCCCGAACCCUCCGAGUCCACGAUGGGCAACGAAUUCACCCAGGAUCAAAACAAUAUCACCAAGCCGGCAUCAGCCAACAAUAACACCCCAAAUAAAGUUAACGGCGAAUCCACUCCCCCCCGCCGCCCUCUACCCAAAUGGCUGAAAUACCUCUGGGAUGCCAACGUCUCCCCUUUCAGCCUGGUACGCUGGUCCGGUCCUCUUGGACCCCGCCUCGUGUCUGGCUGGACAUCGCGCCGUUUCUCACACCUGCCACCAGCCGAGGCCCAGGCGCUUCACGACUACGCAUACUCCCUCUUCCGCAUGCGCGGCAGCGGCGAAUACGCACUGGCGUAUAUCCUAGCCCCUGGCGCGUUUGCUCGGAACCCAUUGAUUAAGCGCAUUCAUGCCGUGGGUAGACAGGUGCUGAGGCCUGAUGAUGUCGAUGUCGAUGUUAAGGCAGCUGCUGCACAGACACAGAAACAAACACAAACACAGAAGUGGUGUGCUUCCAAAGAUACCAAGGAUAACCCGACCAGUUCCCAGGAGAGUUCAAUUAAUUCAUCAACUGACAUACCACAACAUCCACAACCACAAUCCUCCUCCGCAUCCACAUCAUCCUCCACCUCCACCUCCACCUCCACCUAUCCUUCCUCCACUAACCCAUCACCACCCCAACCCUCCACCCGCGAACGCGGCAUCCCAAUCGUCCUCAUGUACGGCGAACACGACUGGAUGGACGUAGCAGGCGGCUACGCGGCACAAGCGCGCAUCGAGGAAGAAAAAGCGCGGAUCCUGCGUGACGCGAGCCCCGAAGAACGAGCGGCGGAUAAAGGCUCUGCGAAGGUCGUUAUUAUUAAGAAUGCGGGCCAUCAUUUGUACUUGGAUGGCUGGGAGGAAUUCAAUGAGGUUAUUUUGGAGGAGAUGAGGGGGGUUGAUAGGGAGGCGAGGGAAGUUCGGAGGGAGAAGGGGAGGAUGUGAAGAGGAGAAGGGAGGGACAGGGAGUUUUGUAUAGCUAUUGAAGUUUUGUUGGCUUGAUUUGGAUGAAGGGGUUGUUUUAAGGAGUGUGGGAUAUAUAUAUGCUGGAUUAUUUUUCAGUUUCUGUUGUUUUAGAGGAUUUUUAUUGGAGUUUUUUUUUUGUCCCCCCGCUUUAUUUGCUUCUCGUUCAUUUCUUUCUUUCUUUUUCUCUCAUUUUAUAGAGAUUGAUUGGCAUAAUAAAUAUUCAUUAACGAGCCCAUUCACACAUAUUAUUUGAAAACACGCUCUCUUUCAGGUCGUCCGGCUCGUCCCUCUCCAACUUUGGGCCCCUCCUUCUUUCCUCCUUUUAAAGAUCUAUCAUAUAAAGUAUUCAAAAUGGCACAUGAAACGAAGAUUAAGUUACGAAAAGAUAGAUCCGUAUAAUAAUAGAACCCCUAAUUUUUAUCAUUCAUCCCAUUUUUGAACUGUACUACAAAAUAUAAAUCACUCAUCAUAUAUAUAAAUCAUCACUAUGGCUCGCUCCAGAAGUUUCA